CUAGAGGAAGUAUCCGCAUAACCCUACCCUACCAAGCCCAAACCCAAAUCCAACCACUGCGUCUCUAUAAUCUUUCUUUUUCUUAACCAUCCCGGCCAUGGGGUAAGGGAGGAGCGAGGAAGGAAAAGUCUCAGAGGACCGUUCAUGUACAUUUCUAUCAUUUCUAUCAUUUCUAUCAUUUCUUCUUUCUCUUAUCGCCCAGUUAUACCAUUACCCGUCGUCCUUUCCCCCAUUUUAUAUCAUAUGAAUACUAAUUAAUCUCUAUUUGACUUGGCGGCAACUGCCAGCAAUCUUUCCCUUAUGAUUUUAAAACACCACCUCACAAAUUUUUAUCCAUCUGUCCAUCCACCUGUCCAUCCACCUGUCCAUCCACCUGUUUCCUUUUUCCGAUCAAUAGCAAAAUGGACCACAACCAUAUCUUCGUAGGAGCGCACCUUUACAAGAGAAGUUACUUCCCAAGAAACCUAUAGGUAAAGACAGGAAUACCGAAUCGAAGCAGCCACUUCCUUCACCUUCCGACCAAAAGGCAUGUUAUUCUUUGUCUGAUAUACUACAAAUCUAAUUUUCUUAUAGGCUAAGGGUCAAAAACGUAAACAAGUACAAGCAAACGAAGGCAUCUCUUCUAUCAUGAAUCCACCUCCGAAACGAUUACGAAUAUCCUCUCCAAAACCUUCUAUUAAAGAUACAAUCGGCGGCGAAAGUACAAGAAUUGAUGUUAGCGAAGAAGAUAUCGAUCCAUUGGAAUAUUGGAGGACAGAAUUCUAUUGGCCAAAGAAAUACUUUGAACGGGAAAGCCAUAUGAAUCCGCUUGCGAGGAAAAAAUCUUCAUCUUUUCGUAGCGAACAAUGGGAAGCUGGUUAUACUACACCUACAUCUAUUACGCCUAGCGAUCAAAAGCCGAGGGAAGUAAAAAGCGCUCCUUAUACAGACCCGAGCUAUACAAUUGUUCUUGCAACCAAGGGUAGCUUUAUGGAUACGUCCGAUCUGGAUAUUACAAACACAAGCAAGAAUCUCUGUCGAAUUUUGCUAGAAACAGAACAGACUGUACCUAAAAACUCUUUAUUUCGCGAUGAAAUAUUCGAUAGAGUUUGUGAAAAGAUUCAGGAUAAGAAUAAAGCAAGAGUAAUUCAAGAUAUUGACCAAUUGAUCGUUCCUUCUGCAGAGAACUUAGCUACAUAUAAUACUACACAUCUCAAUCAUUUAAUUGAAAAUGUGAAUGAGGAUUGGAAUAAUGCUAUACCUUUUCACAAUCCUCGUCCACAGCCUGACUAUUCAGUAGAGUUCGAACGAAGUGCAUUUACAAACGAUCAAUUGCAAAAACUUAUACCUUUUGUUGGCGAACUUACAAAUGAACUCACUUCUUAUUUUAUAAUUACUUGACGUAUGUAUCUUCCAUUUCUAACAUCGGAAAUGAAAUGUAGUGAUACAUCUCUCGAUAUUGCUGAUCGACAAAAUUGUCAUAAUAUAACAAUUGCAGUAAAAGGGAUAAUUGAACUUUUC